CAGUGGGUGGUCUGCAGUGUAAAUACACAGAGAUGUUUCCUAGUACUUUCUUGGAAACCUCUUCACAAAAAAGACGAAACCUUUAUAUCUUCUUUAAAUUUUCCCGCUUUAUAUUAAUGCAAUUUCAGCUGGAAUAACUGAAAGUUAGUUUAUUUAGAGAUUUGAAGUAAAGCUAGAUUCUUGGUAGUAAUAAUUGGCAGUAGAAGUGAGGAUAAAAAGAGGGUUGUCUGGGAAAGAUAUGCAGACAAGGUACAUGGAAAGAUCAAACAGUAUAGCUCGAGGUAAGCGCAGUUUGGAUCCUGGUUCUAGUGGAGAUGAUCAGCCUGACAAAAAAAGACCCGCUUUGGCCAGUGUCAUUGUUGAAGCUCUCAAAAUGGAUAGUUUGCAAAGGCUAUGUUCUUCACUAGAGCCUAUUCUUCGGAAAGUUGUUAGUGAAGAAGUGGAACGUGCACUGGUAAAGCUUGGUCCUGCCAGACUUUCAGGGAGGGCUUCGCCAAAACAAAUAACGGGGCCUGGUGAAAGUAAUUUACAACUGCAGUUUAGGUCCAAGUUGGCUCUUCCUCUCUUUACAGGAGGCAAGGUAGAAGGGGAACAGGGUUCUGCCAUACAUGUUAUCUUGCUUGAUGCAAACACUGGUCAUAUUGUGACAUCUGGUCCAGGGUCCUCCGCGAAACUAGACAUAGUGGUGCUUGAAGGUGACUUUAACAAAGAAGACGAUGAUGGCUGGACUCAGGAAGAGUUUGAUUCACAUGUGGUGAAGGAGCGUGAAGGGAAAAGACCGCUUCUGACUGGAGACGUGCAGGUGAUUCUUAGGGAAGGAGUAGGAACUAUUGGUGAGCUGACAUUUACAGACAACUCAAGCUGGAUAAGGAGCAGAAAGUUCAGGCUAGGCCUGAAAGUAGCUGCAGGUUUUUGUGAGGGUAUUCGAAUACGCGAGGCAAAAACAGAUGCCUUCACUGUUAAGGAUCACAGAGGAGAAUUAUAUAAGAAGCAUUAUCCACCAGCACUAAAUGAUGAGGUUUGGAGAUUGGAAAAGAUUGGGAAAGAUGGAUCAUUCCACAGAAGGCUUAAUAAAGCUGGGAUUUCUACAGUUGAGGACUUUUUACGACUCGUGGCAAGAGAUUUGCAGAGCUUGCGGAAUAUACUGGGAAGUGGAAUGUCCAAUAAGAUGUGGGAUGUUCUCUUAGAGCAUGCGAAGACUUGUAUACUGACUGGCAAAGUUUAUGUAUACUAUCCCUCUGAUGUUAGAAAUAUUGGUGUUGUUUUCAACAAUAUCUAUGAGUUGAGUGGCUUGAUUGUUGAUAAUGAAUUUCAUUCAGCAGAUUCUCUUUCUGACAGUCAGAAGGUAUAUGUAGAUACCCUUGUGAAGAAGGCAUAUGACAACUGGAUGCACGUGGUAGAAUACGAUGGAAGCUCUCUUCUAGGCCCUAAGGUACACGGAGAUUCAGGUUCUUUGGGAAGUGGCAUUAGGACAGGGCCAUAUCUCGGCUCUACUGAUCAUCAACUCAGUUUACCAACCUUACCAAGUUUUCCAGUUGCAGUUCCACCAGAGCAGCCUUCUAUGAAUCCUGGUCAUGUAGCUGGAGAUGCUUAUCUUCGUUCACUAGGGGGUUAUGAUGAUAAUAUGAUGAACAGAUAUCCGAUGGAGCUGCAGAACGUCCAUUUCAAUUCUCCUCUUCAAUUUAAUGGUCCUUCAUUCCAUCUUCAGAGCCAUUUGGACAGUUCUUCACAACAAACUCAGCCACCACAGAUUGAUAACAUAAUGGCCCCUGGUCCACAACAAUCAUCUACAUCAGCUUUUGUUACGUCAGAGACUUCAAACCACAAUCCUUAUCGUGGCUUUGAGGAGUUCUUCUCUGAGGAUGAGAUUCGCAUGAAAAGUCAUCAGAUGCUUGAGAACGAAGACAUGCAACAUUUGCUUCGUGUAAUCAACAUGGGCGGGCACGGUCAUGUAACUGACGAUGGAUUUCCCUAUCCAUCCGUUUACACGCCUAAUCCAUCUUUGAACUACAACUUUCAUGAGGAUCGAACACGUUCAUCAGGAAAAGCAGUGGUUGGCUGGCUAAAACUGAAAGCAGCCCUGAGAUGGGGGAUCUUUAUCAGAAAGCAAGCUGCUGAAAGAAGGGCUCAAAUUGUUGAGUUGGAAGAUUUAUAGAUUUUUCGCAACUCCUGGUGCUCCAAAGCCAGCACUUUUAGUAAAAUUGUUGCACUAAAAAAGAUAGGAUUGUACAGUAAUAUGUUUGUUUUGAGAGGAACUUUGAAUAAGCAGAGUGUAUGAGUUAAGAUGCAUUUCUUAGCAGAGGGUGCAGGAGCUGUAGUUCAAGGAAAAUUGACUGAGCUCUUAAGGCUUCUUUCUAUCAUAGGUAAAAUAUGUUGAUUCUUUUACUACUUAA